AUGUCCGUUGUCAGCAUCAUUUUGGUUGUCGGAGAGACUAUUGAAGUCGUCGAUAGGACGUGUCUUCUUUCUCACAUCAAAGAUGGCUUGUCAACCAUUCCUCAGUUCGAGACAUUGAAGGUAAAUGAGAUCUUACUAUCUGUUAGUGAACCGGAAUCGAUUUCUCAUGACGACUUUAAGUUCACUUCUGCUGACGCUAGCAUCAUACUCUUGCAAAGGCCGUCUGUUGGUCGGAUAUUGGAGCAUUUGGAAGGUGCCUUGAUGCUUUUACCUCGAAUUAUCUGCCUGGUAUACUCGGGAGCCAUCUGUCAGUCAAGUGGCCACUGGAUUCUUCCUAGCGCCGUUUUCAAGCCCAGUUACGUAGUUGAUGGGAUUUCAUCUGUAUCUAGAAAACUCGUAAAAACAUUGGCUGAUGCCGCCAAGGAAUCGGUGGCUCCAUUGACUCUUCAUAUCGCCUGUACCAGUGUUUCCAUGGGCGGUGAGUGGCGUCACGUUCUGACGAGCCGCCUCCCUGCAACGAUCGCCGGUCACCCCCUCCUCGUCUCCGUGAAUCGCCAGCAUCCACACCUUAAAAGACCUCCUACACUGGGAGCUCCUGCCAAGCCUGAACUCGCUCCUCUACCAAGUGACAUCGCUGGAGUCGAGGCUUUUUGCCAGCGCGUGGAAGCAGUGCUGGCUGCUCCCUCACCCACGCCCGCCUGUGGACCGUCGAUCAGGGCUGAGGGCUGCUCGAUCCGCAUUCAACACCCCUGUCUCUACGUCUUCCCCGAAGGCUCCGGACAGUCGGUGGUCUUUGCUCUGCCCGGCUUCUCUCUCAUGGUCAAUGCGGGCUGUUCGCGCGACCCCACAGCAUGGAAAAUGGCCCAGCACCUCGAAAAGCACCUUGCCGCGCACCAGUUUUAUGGCGGUGCGUUUUCGUUUUGUGGAGUGGCUGCUCUACGUCACGCAGCUAGGUGGCCUUUGCACGCCUGCGGCGUUCUUAGUCACGCGAGAAGUAAUGAGUUAGGCGUUUUGGCGACUUCUUUUGCCAAACAAAAGCUGCAACUCCUCGUGUCACCCCUUGCUCAACCAUUAGACCUGCCCGCCGCUGUCGUUAGCUCAUCAACCAAAUAUCCUACCGGCGUUUUACUCACUACUGCCAAAUUCGGCGUCAACACCGCCUCCUUUUUGUGUGCCCACAGCAUUGACGCCAUCUUGCUCACCCACUGGGGAAUCGACAACACCCUCGGUUUGACAUCCCUGCUACCCGCGUUGAUGGCCUCGUCGGAUGGAGCGUCGCCAGUGCCCAAGGUCACGUGUCUCCUGACACCCCCGCCGGGUCAUCUGCUCGCCCAGCCGCCGUCUGGUGACACAGCGACACCCGCCUCCGCCGACCCCUUGGUUGUCAACGUCGCCAAGGUGAUCUGCGACCUGUCUCAGGAGAUGCGGCCGUUCGUAGCUGAGUCGCGCCUUACUCCGCUGGAGGUCGGUCGUGGUGCCAAGAUCUCCGCCAUGCCCAAGUCUGUGCCUCUCUACUACAAGACUGGUUACGGAAGCCUCGACCUCUACCCCCUCACGCCCACCGACGAGGAUCAGGCGGAGGUGAAAAAACUUGCCGAACUCUGGACAAAGACAGCCCCCAGUGUGACUGCGGCACUGGUCGGUGCUGCCAAGGGUGUGACUGCUCCGCGACACGCAGUCCUACCGCUCGUCUCACAAUUGAGUGUCUCCGCUCUGUUGAUCUGGAGGCCCGCGCGCAAAUCCGACGCCCUGUUGCGCGUUCUCUUCGUUGCUCCCAACGCCCACCAGGCGCGUGUUCUGCUCGCACUGGAGCACCUCCACGUGGGACUUCCCUGCAUCCAUCAAGCUAACCCCUACGCCGCCCCCACCACCACCACCGCUGCUGCUGGUGGCGGUGGUGGAGCAGGUUCGCUCGCCAGAAAGCCGGCGUCUACCCUCUCGGCCACGUCGCGAAAACCGAUUUCCGCUCGCCCCCCUGCCACUGUCGCCAACGGUGUUCCCGGCGCCCAUCCGAACGUCAGUGGACCUGCCCCGCGCGCGCCACCGCGACAGACGCGACCAAAGACUGCGGAGGUGCGGAAGCCUGCAGGCUCUGGAGCCGCGGCUCCACGUUCGGCGAAACCGAAGCUCAUGGCGAACGCCCACCACCCCACAACGAAAUCGACUUCUACGCUCCGUCAAACGCCGUCUUCGGUGAAGGCGCCUCAGGCACCACCGCCUGCCACCGAAAAGGCGGCGGAACAAGAACCCACGCGCGAAUUUCUGCAACACGUCGAAGUACCAUCUGGUGGCAGUUCUUCACCAGUCGCAAGUCCCCCUUUGGAGUCGUCGCACACGCCGGUUGAGGAGGACUUGAGUGGUCACGAUCUCAUCCAGCACGACUCGCUCUCGCCUUUGGCCAACGAUGUCUCCGAGUCGGGCGCCUCCAAGGCGGCAUCUCCGACGAACAAUGUGGAAGAAAAGUGGCCUCUCCACGAUGGUGACAGUCACCUAGCCAAUGAGGGCGACACAGCACGUGACUCACUGGAGGCGGCCUCCCAAGAACCGCUUGACAUGUCCCACGAGUCACUGGGGGUGCCCCAGAAACCGCAGGAGGUGUCUCACGAAGCAUUGGACCCCCUGAAUGAGUGGGGCCAGCCCCAGGCCAUGCCUGCGCCCAUUGCUGCGGCGAAGCCAAGCAAGCCGAGUGCCACGAGGUCGGCGAGUUCAGCGUCCGGCCCACCGGAGGGCUACUUCGAGGCCUCCGCGGUGACCGGAGGUCCGGGGAAGGCGCCGUACGACAAGCUGAGGAAGACCCACGUCGACGUGGCCUUCUUGCCGGGCGCCGGAGAUGUCGGCAUGGUCGACGCGGAGUUCUUCAAGCACGUGCGAGCUCGCUACUACGUCGCGACUGCGGUCGCGCCCACGCCAGACCUCCUCAAAGCCCUCGCUGUUGGCAAGGAGUCCUGGAAUGACAAUCAAGCCAAUGAGGUGUCCCUCAUACUGGCCCACGACACGCCCGAACUGCUUCAGUGGGCAGCCAUUAAUGAGAAACGAUUGGUUGGUGACCAAAUCGAUCUGCUCACUGUCGCCGAACACUCCACCAUCCAAUUGGUCAGCGCCGAUGGCGACAGUGGAGUCGACGCAGACGUCGCCGCGGCCCGAGGUCUCGCCUGUCCGGGCUUCCGUCUGGACCUUUGA